AGAUUCUUGUUUCGUUUUUUUUAAUCUCAGAGUUAUUCAUCAUGCCAUUACCAGCUACCGAUGAUUAUUCAGCCGUACAGGCUUACUUCACAGCCAAGGAAUGGGCAGAAACUAGUGAUUAUGAAAAACUACGUCUCAAGAAUAUCAAGGAAAACUAUGAGAUGAUGAUAGAAGUCGGACUUGAUGUGGGUCCCCCGGAAUUCAUGCGACCUCGUCGUGGGAGAAAGAAACAGAUCGUUGAAGAGAGCGAUAGUGAGGAUGAGGAAUGGAAACCAAAACGGCAAAAGAAAAAGUCAAGAGGAACUUUCAGUGCACCAUUUAAAGUUCCAGUUAAACCAAACAAGCCAGUUACUGCAAAGAAACAACCUGUUUCCAAACCGCACACUGUAACAUCAGGAACUGUGUACGAUGAUGAUGGCAAUCCGCUUGAUGAUGCUCAACAUGUCGGAGGUGAGCGAAUCAUUGAUCUUCUUGAGUGGAAGGACUAUGAUGAAGCUACUCAGACUCAAACCAAUCCAUCAUCAUCAGGUGAUCAGGGAGACUGGUCAGGUGAUCUCAACACUCAGUCAUGUGAUCAGAAGACUGAGCAAACCUUAGCAAAGGAUUCUCCAGGAAGUUACCAGACUCCCAAGCAAUCCCAAUCAUCUUGUAUGAAAGUUGGCGGACGAGCUGGUGGAAAGGCAAAGUCUAUGUCUAAAGCAAGAAAGAACCAACCUCAGCCAUCUCCCCGACAAUCUAGAUACCCUCGUAGAUCUGUGACCCGUAAGUGCUAUAAAGAAGAAGAUGUCCCUGACGAUGAUCAUUAUAUCUAUUGUGAGGACUGUCAUGAGGUCUUUGAGGGUGAGUGUUCCAAACAUCCCCUCACCAUCAUCAAGGACAACCCCAUCCCUAAAGGCUGCAAGGACAGAGCAAUAAAGACUCUACCAGAUGGUCUACUGGUCAAGCAGUCAUCUAUACCAGGGGCUGGUCAGGGAGUCUUUGCUACCAAGUUCAUUCCUAAAGGACAUCGGUUUGGUCCCUACGAUGGUGACAUCGUGGACCUAGAGACUGGAUAUGACAGUGGAUAUUCUUGGGAGAUCUGCACAGAGGGUAAACCCCACCACUAUGUUGACAGUAACAGUGAGCUGACAGGCAACUGGAUGAGAUACAUCAACUGUGCACGCAAUGAGGGCGAACAGAACCUUGUAGCAUUUCAGUAUCUUGGUGAGAUCUACUAUCGUACCUUCAAACCAAUCUGUCCAGGAAGGGAGCUACUGGUCUACUAUGGGGAGCAGUAUGCUAAGGAUCUUGGUAUCACAUCACAGCUCAAUAAACUCACCGUUGAAACAGCCAUUUUAGAUUCUGGACUCUAUAGAUGUGAGUACUGUGGAUCGCUCUAUGCUAUCCCUCUGGUCCUGGCAAGGCAUCUCAAGUACAAACAUGGUCACCAUGGUAUUGUCCCAACAGCAGACACACCAAAGGAAGAUAUUCUACAGUUCAUCAAAGGAGAAAUACAGAAACCAACUCAAUCUAUAAGUAGAGUUAUGAGAAUAAAGGCUGGUGGUGGUAUAAGGAAUAAUACCAGCAAACGUAUGUCAAAUGGUAUAAUGACAAAUGAUUCUAUACAUGCUUGUAGUUCUGAAAUGAAAUGCAUUGAUAAAGAUAAGAUACUUAAACAUACAACUUGUCAUGGUAAAUUUGAAAGCACAAAUAAGGAUGACAAUGCUAAUGAUAGUAAUAAACAAUGUAAGGAAUUCCAUAGUCACCUUUCAAAAAAUAAAGAAAAUCAUAUAUGUGAAGGGCCGUGCACAAAUGAGCAUCCAACAAGACUUAAAUACAUUCAUACAGGUGCAAAGCACCAUGUAUGCAAUCAAUGUGGGAAGGCAUUUAGCCUCAUGGGUAAUCUUACGAGACAUAAACGAAUCCAUACAGGUGAGAAGCCCUAUGUAUGUGAUCAGUGUGGUAAGGCAUUUAAUCGUGAAUUUAAUCUCACAACACAUAAACGAAUCCAUACAGGUGAGAAGCCCUAUGUAUGUGAUCAAUGUGGUAAGGCAUUUAAUCGUGAACAUCAUCUCACAAGACAUAAACGAAUCCAUACAGGUGAGAAGCCCUAUGUAUGUGAUCAAUGUGGUAAGGCAUUUAAUGUGGAAAAUAAUCUCACAACACAUAAACGAAUCCAUACAGGUGAGAAGCCCUAUGUAUGUGAUCAAUGUGGUAAGGCAUUUAAUGUGGAAAAUAAUCUCACAACACAUAAACGAAUCCAUACAGGUGAGAAACCCUACGUAUGUGAUCAAUGUGGUAAGGCAUUUAAUCUUGAAGAUAAUCUCACAACACAUAAACGAAUCCAUACAGGUGAGAAGCCCUAUGUAUGUGAUCAAUGUGGUAAGGCAUUUAAUGGUGAAAAUAAUCUCACAACACAUAAACGAAUCCAUACAGGUGAGAAGCCCUAUGUAUGUGAUCAAUGUGGUAAGGCAUUUAAUCAAGGAAGUAAUUUAAGAGUGCAUAGAUCAAAGUGUCAAGGUGCAAACACACAGUGCAAUAACAAACCUGUGCAGUCUGAAAUGAGCAACAUCAAAGCCAAUGAAAUAUAAGUUGCAAUUAAACAUAUGACAAUGAACUUGCAUUUAUGAAUACUCUGAAUUGAAAAUAAAUAAAACAUUUUAAUAUUUAAUAGUGUUUUG